UGUAGCGAUGGUUUCAACACUAAAUCAGCAGAUGCUAUUUGUCGUAAAAUGGGAUACCCCGGACAUUUACAAUGGACUAGUGGUGAUAAGUGGAGCAUCCAAUCAGCACUUCAAAUCACGCUGGAUGAUGUUAAAUGUAGCAGUGAAGAAUGGAGUUCAUGUUCAUUCUCUACUACACACAGCUGUGCUCACAGCGAAGAUGUGUUUCUUCAAUGUGAUGGAAUAGUUGAAGGCGGAUAUAGUGACUUUGGAGAGUGGUCUGAAUGUUCAGCUCUUUGUGAAGGAGGCAUUCAAAAAAGAACAAGAACUUGUAUUUGGCCUGCUCCAGCCCAUGGAGGUGCAGACUGUGUUGGGGAAGCGUCUGAGAGUAAAACUUGCAACGAGAACGAGACUUGUCCAGAGUUUAGUCUGGUAGAUUCUAAUGGCAGUGCUGUCGGUGCUGGAGUUAUUGGCUUGCUGAUGAAUAAUGGUGGAACAGUUUGUAGCGAUGGUUUCAACACUAAAUCAGCAGAUGCUAUUUGUCGUAAAAUGGGAUACCCCGGUUAUUGGCAAUGGACUAGUGGUGAUAAGUGGAGCAUCCAGUCAACACUUCAAAUCACGCUGGAUGAUGUUAAAUGUAGCAGUGGACAAUGGAGUUUUUGUUCAUUCACAUCUACAAACAACUGUGGCCACAGUGACGAUGUGUUCCUUCAAUGUGAUGGAAUUGAAAGAUGCAGUUUCGAGAAUCAGUGGGGUUUUUUGAGGUUCAACUGUCACCAAUACUCUGGAAGAUCAAAAUCAAAAUGUCGCAAUUCUGAUGAAUGGUACAACAGUUUUCCAGCAAUGUUCUCGUCAGGGUUUGAUCUCGAUGGAAAAAGUUUGGAGAAAAUGAGUUUUGAGCAGAAAUGUACAAACGAUGAGAAAUCAUAUCAAUCAUGUGGGGUUUUUCAACAAUUCCAGUCGUUAACAAAUGCUUUGUGUCAGUGGCAAGUUGGUAAUGAUGGAAUAUUAGUUGAUGCAGCGGUUGAGGAUAAGCAACUUGGAAAUAAAACAGAAGUUAUCUUACCAACUGGAAAGGUAGUAAACCAAGACCUCAUCUGCAAUGACAUUUGUGAUGAUUAUAGAGUCCACUGCGAAGAUGAGGCUCAUUGCAACGGCCUAACCUACGGACAAUAUUCUCACGUUGACAAUCAGGUUCAGUACACCAAACCUAUCUUCAUCUGCACACCUUUACAUGCUGAAAACUGUAAUUGUAACGUCACAGAAAUGUGUAAUCCACAGAAUUUUGAAGAAAAGGAUCUAUGUCGCAGAAGUAUAAGUAAUGCUGACAGAUAUAAUCCAAUUUAUGAUAAAUUUCCAGUAUUCAACUUCACAAGGUGCUCACCCACGAAUAUAUGUUCAAAUAACGUAGAUCAAUUUAAUUGUUCGGAUCAUUUGAGGGUUGGAAUGACUUGUAAGAUUCAUGCCUACAUAUCGACUGUAUCUAAAUAUAGGAUGUGUGAACGUGUACCACACUGUGACGAUGGUAUUGAUUCGAUCUGUGAACAAGUUAGUACAUCCUGUCAUGUACAAAAACAUCUUCUUUGCAAUGGUGUAUCAGACUGCAGAGAUGACAGUGAUGAAAGAAUUCUAUUGUGUCAAGCAAAAACCAAACAGUCUUGUAUCAGAAGGGGCGGGAAUGGAACGUUUAGUCAACCACUUCCUCUUGCAUGGCUAAGAGACGGCAUAAAGGAUUGCAUCAACGGUGAUGACGAAAAAAACAUUUGGCCGGAAUGUGGAAGCGGUAAAACAAGGAGAUAUGUGACUGACAAUAGAACUUGUGAGAACGUUUUUCUGUGUACAACUGGUGAUCCAGGAUUCAUCGGGUUCGAUGACCUAUGUGACGGUAUGGACACAUGCGGAAAUGAAAAUGAAAUCUGCAAGGAGUCAAGGGGUUCAAUUUCUGUUUCUAAAAAGGUUGUUACUCACAACCAAGGACUUGAAAAACGCUUGUCCUAUUGUUUCAAAGGACUUGAGCAAGUAUGGAAAUUAACUUAUCCUUGUGGUUCUGAGCAUUUCAUCUUUCCUAAUGAUGACAUUUAUGGAUUGAUGAAAUCGAAAAUAACUUUACCUGAUGUUACAACAAACUGUGAUCACAUGUUUGGAGAGCAGUAUGUAUACUCCAGCUGCAAUGACAAAUGUAUUAACUCACCAUGCCCACUGAAAAACAUUCCCGGGUACAAUUCCUGUCCUGGUCAAUAUCCCGACAGAGUGGCAACUGUAGCUAACAUAAGCAAUGGCGAGUAUCUCACACUUGCUGUAAAAUCUGGAGGUGUCAACGAUAGCGUAUUCGUUAAUGAUAUCUUUGUAUGUGACAAUGGCAUCAAGUGUGUUUCCUACUCUCAGGUGUGCGAUCUUGUUGAUGACUGUGGUGACGGGUCGGAUGAAGCACGAUGCACUAAUCACUUCAAGUGUGAAGCCUCCGAACAUUACAUACCCAAAACAAGCAAGUGUGAUGGAAAGUUCGACUGUUUAGAUUUGACGGACGAGUGUAAUGAUGAAUGCUCAAAGGAAAUUCUUGACGGAUAUGUACUGAAGGGCCUUACGUGGACAAUUGGAAUUUUGGCUGUUUUAGCUAACUUUAGCAUCAUCGUGUGCAGCAUCAAAUCUUUUAAGAAGUGCAGAACCACUGUGGCUCAAACGAAUAAAUCGUUGGUAAUCAUGAUCGGCGUCGGUGAUCUUUUGGUUGGAUCGUAUCUUUUGGCGGUUUCUGUGUUCGAUGUAGCGGUGCAUGGUAAGGAUUACUGUACGAAGCAGACGGCUUGGCUGACAAGCAGUGAAUGCUCUCUUCUCGGAGUUGCAAGCACUAUUGGAUCUCAAUUAUCUCUGUUUGCAAUGACAAUUCUCAGUUUGGUGAGAGCUCAUGGUAUCGUGAGCUCAAUGAGAAUUCCUGGAGAAGUAACAAUUAAAAGUUCUAUCAAAGUUAUUGCUCUGAACGUCUUUAUUCUUGCCUUAUCAGCUGCAAUAGCGGUCUUACCUGUUCUCGAAAAAUAUAAAGAUUUCUUUGCGAAUGGAGUACGAUAUGACACUGACUUAAAACUUUUCAUCGGGUUGGUCAGCAAAAAGACGCACUCUGGAGUUUUUGAAAAAUACUUCGGUCGUAUGAACGACAGGUCUUUAAGUUGGGAUACGAUAGACAAGAUGACAUCCGAAAUGUUCUCCCAUGAUCAUGGAGCUAAACUAGACUUCACAAAAACAGAGUCAAAAGUUGGAUUUUACGGAAACGAUGGAGUGUGCCUUUUCAAAUACUUUAUUCGGAAGACUGACCCACAAAUGGCAUUUGUUUGGAGCAUCCUGGUGAUCAACUUUACCUGCUUCGUGGUGAUAUUAACAUGCUACAUUGUCAUCGGCGUAUUCUCAAACAGAUCGUCCAACAAGGUGACAGCUGGAAGAGUCGACGAGCAGAUUCGUCAAAGAAAUAGGCGGAUGAACCAAAGGAUAGCUGUAAUCAUCAUAACUGAUUUUCUCUGCUGGGUGCCAUUCAUCAUAAUUUGCAUGCUUCAUUAUUCUGAAAUCGUGGAUGCAACUCCUUGGUAUUCAGUCACAUCCAUGGUGAUUUUGCCCAUCAAUUCAGUGAUUAACCCCCUCCUUUACAACGAAUUUAUAGCGAGGGCUGUUGGGGGAGGUGUUUCAGGAGCGACCAGAAAGAUAUCUCAUGCUAGGUCCUUGUUGUCUCAAAUCUUCAUUAGGCAGGUUCCUCCUCCAACCGAAAAUGUUGAAAUGCAACAGAUUUAGUCGACUAUUUCAGGUAUAAUCCUCUGCAAGAACAAUCUCGAAACUUUUUCUUGUCGCUGGUUUGAUUUUGUCAGAAAAAAAUAGACAAGUCAUCGCUCAUUGCUGACGCGAUGCAAAUAACAGCAAAGACCUAGGCCAACACAACUAAACUAUACAAACAGCAUUUACAAUAAAGUCUAGAAGAAUUUAAUGUAAAUGUACAAGAAAGUUUAAGUUUUGUUUAGGCUUGGUUUGGAAUAUGCAACAUUUUAUUGGUUCUCUUUGGUAUAAGUUUCUCGAAUUUAUGUGAUAUGUGCCAUUUUGUGUACCAUUUUAAACGACCAAAUGGUCGUUUUUACUUUUGACUUUGAAUAUGAUUUACUAUGAAUUGUGAUUGACAUGCAAUAUAUCUGAUUUUUCAAUAUAAUAUUUUUCUAGAAAAGAAUUCAAAAAUUGC